CUCUCUCGUUUCGAAGCAGACGCGGAGGAGUUGGAGCCGAAUUCGCGAAGGGGAGGAGCAGGCCGGCCGCCGGUACCGCUACCGGAAUCGAGGGAGGGGGAGGGAGAGGAGAGGGUUGCCCGCCAUGGGGAUGAAGUUUCUGAACAAGAAGGGGUGGCACACGGGGAGCCUCCGCAACGUGGAGAAGGUGUGGGUGGCGGAGCAGAAGGAGAAGGAGGAGCAGCACAAGAUCGAGGAGUACAAGAAGCAGCUCAAGGAGGAGAGGGAGAAGGCCGAGUUCCGCGCCAUCCAGGAGCAGGCAGGAUUCAAGCCGAGGCAGGAGAGGUUGGAAUUCCUCUACGAGUCAGGGUUGGCAGUCGGCAAGGGGAGCUCGGACGGGUUCCAAGCACUGCAGCAACCUGCCCCAGCGGCAGCCGCCUCCUCCUCUGCUGCUCCAGCCAGUGCCGCUGGCUCCUCCAAGGAAACUUCUCUGGGAGCUUUAUUUGAAGAAAAGCCUCAAUCUGCAAAUGACACAUGGAGGAAACUUCACUCUGAUCCUCUACUCCUGAUUAGGCAGCGAGAACAGGAUGCCAUUGCAAGGAUUAAAAAUAAUCCAAUCAAGAUGGCUGAGAUAAAGAAAUCAAUAGAAGCAGAGAAAAUUCAAAAGGAAGAAAAGAAAGAGAAGAGAAAGCACAAAAAACAUCGCCAUCACAAGUCAAAGAGUAAGAGGCACCACUCAGAUUCAGAUGAAACAAGUGAUGGCAAGGAUGAAGGAAGAAAGAGAGUUCCUUCUGCCCCAGAGCAUAAGAAGGAAGUGAAUAGGUCAAGGCAUAAGAAGAAAGAUAGCAGACAAGAAUCUUCGGAUACAGAAGACGAUGAACCAAGGAAAAGAAGGAGAGGGAUGUCAGAAGAUGAUCAACCAAAGAGAGGACGACUGGACACAUCAGAAGAUGAUCAACCGAGGAGAAGACAUUGGGAAAUUUCAGAAGAUGAUGAACCAAGGAGAAGAAGACGGGAUAUGCAAGAAGAUGAUGAAAGGAGAAGAAGACGGGAUAUGCCAGACGAUCAUGAACCGAGGGGAAGAAGGCAGGAGAUGCCAAAGCAUGAUGAUCGUUCACGACGCGAUCGGUCGGAUGCUGAUGAUAGGAGGAAACAUUAUUCGGGGUCAGACCGCCACCAUGCUUAUCCAAAGCAUGACAGCUCAGACUCGAAGCAAAGAAGUACUGGAGAUGUCGGCAAGAACGACAAUUCCACUUCUAAACACCGUUCGCAUCCUGAACUCGGUUCAGAUGACCGAAGAAGACAUGAUAGUCAACAGGGCAGGGAAUUAGGUUCAGAAGACCGAAGAAGACCAGAAAGCCAACAGGGCAGAGAGAUAGGUUCACAAGACCGACGAAGACACGAAACCCAGCAGGGCAGGGACCUAGGUCCAGAAGACCGGCGAAGACAAGAAAGCCAACAUGGCAGGAACAAUGGAUCUGCAGUCAACCGUCGUCGAGGGGGCGUUCACCAUAUGUCUGAAGAGGAGAGGGAAGCUCGGCUUCGACAGAUGCAGGAUGACGCCGAGGUCCACGAGGAGCAGAGGUGGAAGAGGCUCAAGAAGGCUGCAGAUGAUGACCUCAAAGAGGCGGCCACCGUGACUGCAAAUCAGUUCAGAGGGAAGAAUUUCUUACAGGAUGAGAGGAAGAGCAUAUUUGGAGCCGAGAAGGGAGGCAGCGCCACCAUUGAAGAGAGCAUCCGAAGGCGUGCUUAUUAUUCCCAGGGCGGUGGUGAUGCCCAUGAGAGCAAUGCUUUCAGGCGAUGAAAAUCCCUGGAGUUCAGGCUUCUCUGUUCGUCUGUUUGCAUCUUGGCUCUGGCCUUCUUUUUCUGAUCUCUAUGUAUGAUGUAGACUAUGUCAAGAAAAUUUGUUGUUAUAUUUACAAGAUAUGGCCCACAUUAUUUCAUCCAGAAAUUCUUACAAAAAUAAGUAUUGCAAUUUUGUA